AUCCUUUGAGAGUUGGUGAGGACAUGAUAAAGGCACAUCCAGCAGAUGGCGGUAAUGCAGCUGCAAACACUCAAAUUAAAGCAGAAGAAGAUCACGAUAUAGAGGAACUAUUGAUCACCAUGUCGGCGUAGAAGGAAGACAGAAGUCAGAACAACCGUUCUGUUCUGAAACGGAGUCUUUAAAAUGGCCGGCGAGGAGGAGAGGGGGGUGGUCCGUGUCAAAGUCAAGAAAUGUGAUGGGGUUCUUCCAGUGGAGUUUCGCUCCUUUGCUGUGGAUCCUCAGAUAACAUCACUGGAGGUGCUGCAGCACAUACUUAUCAGAGCCUUUGAUUUGAAUGGAAAGCGGAAUUUUGGGAUCAGUUACCUGUCUCGAGAUCGGAGUGGUGCUGAAAUGUAUAUGUCUCUGGUGUCUGACUGGGAUUUGGACGUUGCAUUUGUCAGUGCAGCCAAACCGUAUCUACAGCUCAAGAUGGACAUAAAACCUUCAGAAGACAGUCCUGUUAUGGAGGAUUGGGACAUCAUAAGCCCAAAAGAUGUGAUUGGCACUGAACAACUUCUUGCAGACAGGACCAGGUCUUUGGCAUCUGCAGCUCUUCCCUUUACCCAGUCGCUAUUGUCACAGGUGGGCCGAACUCUGUCCAAAGUCCAGCAGGCCUUCAGCUGGUCUUAUGGGGAGGAGAUCAAGCCUUUCAAGCCCCCUCUGACUGAUGCUGAAUUUCACAGUUACCUCAAUGGACAAGGCCAGUUGACACGACCUGAAGAACUCAGACUGCGUAUCUACCAUGGUGGUGUGGAGCCCUCACUGCGCAAGGUUGUUUGGCGAUACCUCCUGAACGUCUACCCCGAUGGACUGAGUGGACAGGAAAGAAUGGACUACAUGAAGAGGAAGACAAGGGAGUAUGACCAGCUGAAGAGAGAGUGGACGGCCCAGGUCAGCAACGAGGACCUUGAAUUUAUACGUGGGAAUGUUCUUAAAGACGUCCUCAGGACAGACCGGGCUCAUCCAUACUAUGCAGGCUCAGAAGACAGUCCACAUUUGACUGCCCUCACAGACCUGCUCACCACAUUUGCUGUCACUCAUCCACAGAUAUCCUACUGUCAAGGCAUGAGUGAUAUCGCCUCCCCUAUACUUGCGGUAAUGGACAAUGAGGCACAUGCCUUCAUUUGCUUUUGUGGCAUUAUGAAACGGCUGGAGGGUAACUUCCGGCCAGAUGGGCAGCUCAUGUCUAUUAAGUUCCAGCAUCUUAAGAUGCUUCUGCAGUACUCGGAUCCUGAAUUUUACUCUUACCUGGUGUCCCGAGGAGCUGAUGACCUCUUCUUCUGUUACCGCUGGCUGCUUCUGGAACUCAAGCGAGAGUUUGCGUUUGAUGAUGCUUUGAGGAUGCUCGAGGUUACCUGGAGCUCACUGCCCCCGGAUCCUCCUGAAACCGAGGUGGAGCUCCUGGGGCCACCACUGGAGACAGAUGAAACAAUGUCCUGCAAGGACAAGACAGUUGAGAAUUGCCACAGAGAUGAUAGGGAACAAAAAGAAAAGCAGCGUAGACGACACAUGCUGAGGCCUUCAAGAGAAGAAUCAGUUGUGAGCAGGAAUGCUGUCAUAGAACAAAAAGAUGUAAGUGCUGGAAAGGGAAGCGAGGGCACUGGAUGUGAUAUUCUUCAAGUGACCAUGGAAAAGGCAGAUUUGCAGGCUCCUCCUUUAGAGAGGCAAACUAGUUUCGGAGAGUUUAAAUACUAUACUGCCCGAAAUGAAGAUAGCUUUGAAAUGGAGGAUACUGAACAGCCACAGGGCUUGGUGGCUUUAAAAUCAGUAACAAGUGUCCCAAGGCGCCGGUCUACAGUUGACAGUGAGGAGGACCCGGGUGAGAGAACACCUCUCAUAAAAAACUGUGACAAUGCUUUCUCUCCAAUGUCAUCAUCUCCUCUCUUUCCUAUUGGCCUACCAAUCUGGAAAACUGGCCAUUGUGUCUCUCCCACAUCUUCAGCGUCACCCUCCAGCUGGCCAGGUGCUUCUCCAGACUCUCCUCCACAAACCUCUUCUCCAUCCCCAUCCACAAACAAUGGAAGAAAUGCCUUUCCAAGAACAAUCUCAAAAGCACUGACCUCAUCUGCCCAAGUGCUCAGCAGUACAGGAAUUAACUCGCCCACAACCCCCACCAUAAAAACAUCUGUCGCAUCUCCCUCCCACAAUCGAUCCCUAUUAUCUUCACCCAUUUUGUUUGGAAGAGGCCCCUCACUGUCUGGCAGCCGGUCAUACUCCAGCAAUCUUCCUUCACCUGGCAACAAAUCUCCCAGCACCACAGCUAACACACCCAGUUCUUCAAAAGCUGAGACCACCAGCAUCAAACCAUGUUCCCUGCCGCCUCCCCAAGAGUUCGGCAAAGGAAAUCCCUUCAUGCUGUUCCUGUGUCUAUCCAUCCUGUUGGAGCACCGAGACCACAUCAUCAAGAACAGUUUGGAUUACAAUGAGCUAGCCAUGCACUUUGACCGCCUUGUGCGGCGCCACAACCUGAGCAGGGUGCUGCAGCGAGCAAAGGCCUUAUUUGCAGACUACUUGCAGAGUGAAGUCUGGGACUCAGAAGAAGGGGAUGAGGUUAGCUCAGACUCCCCAACAGCAGCCACUGCUGCUCAACACUCCCCUUCUUCUACCAUCUCUGCUAGGCCCAUUUUCAGCCCUUUAGCAUCACCUCGGUCGUCAUCUCCAAACUCGACCUAUAACUUCGCAACCACUAUUCCCUCCCCAACAGCUCAAGUUUCUGUUUCUCCCACUUCCUGAUUAUGUCAUGCAUCACUUACUUCACAUCCUCAGUGAAGUCCUCAGUAGACUGUUGUGGCCCAUUGGAGCUGUCAAUCGUUUUUUAGACAGCCUCCCACAUUUACUUGGGCUAUUAAUAAUAUUCUCAUUCUGUGUAUGCCUCAAUACAUAUAUUCCUUGUCUGUAGUCAUUGUAAUAUUAUAUCAUCAACCUUUCAAGUUGUUUGUCUGUUCUUCAAGAGUGGAUGAAAGAGCUUAACUUCUCAUUGUAUCCUCUUAUCCUGUGUUAUCGAUCGUUGCUGUUGCGAAAAAUGAUCAACCCUGUAAUUCAGACAGUUUGGCGGAAUAAGUUUUGCCAGGACCAACAAAAGUUAAGCCACUUUGUGCAUUUAGCCUGUGUUGCCCCCUUAAUUAACUGUUUAUAGCUGAUGUUAUGUCCAAUAAGCAACACAAGUGUCUUAACUAAAGCAACCAGUACAAGAGACGAGAGGUAAACUGCAGUGAAAUAACUAAUAAGAUUAGUCGGAGGCUGAGCUGUACACAGUCUGUGUUUAUGUUGCUGGUGACCUACAACUAAAAUCUGCAACAUCACUGGCCUUUUAGGGCAAAUAAAUGCAGUAUAAUUCGCACUAACAACACAAGUGAAAAAGGUGAAAAUUUACUUUGCCUCUGAACAGACUUUAAACCCCCGAAUACAUCAGCAUUUAAAAGAAUGAAAUUUUAGACCAAAAUCAUCAUUUCAAAGAAACAGUGGUCAGUUGAUUAUCUGUGCGGAGCUUUUGCGUAGAUUUCAUCUUUGACACACAUUCGCAAAGUUGACCAAUUAAGACUGUAUUGACAGUGCUGACCUUUUUGGGAACAGUCUAAAACAGAAGAAGCUGUCAUAUAAAUUGGCUGACAUCCAGUGUUGUACCAUGCUCUGCCAAAGUAGAAGCUGCUCCACAAAAGAGAUUCAGCAUGAUCAAUCAUUGCUUUAAAUAAUUGUAUUAACUAAUUUCAGGAGGAGACAGAAAUUAAUUUAAAUCGCAUUUUCUGCUGUGACUGGCCACUAAAGCUUGAAGCAUUCAAGCAUUUUGCUCUUCUAGCGAUAUCCUAGCCCCAUUUGUGACCUCAGCACUCUGUGAUUCAGACCCAAGCAUUCCCUACACAGAUUUUUAUGGGGAAAUCAAUGGUGUUUUUUUUCAUCAGUUCAAAUGGCAUAUUCAGUGGUAUAUUUGUAAUCUCAAAGCUCAAAAUUCAGCAUUAAAAUCCAGUAUUUCCAGAGCGCCAGGCAAGGCUUCACUUUCUGUCUGAACACAAUUUGAGAAUAUAACCCUGAUGAUAUCCUCUGUCUUAUCUCAGCCUAAAGAUGUUUUGUACAAGUGUUGUUGGUUGGAUUUUACCUUUAACUCUUCCCAUGUGCUGUUGUAUCUGAUCUUGGUGGCAUAGUAGUAUACCCAGAGAGAUGGGUCUAAAUGCAAUAAUGUUGCUGUGGCCCGUACAUUCCACCACUUCAAGAUUCAUAGCAUUUAUGUUUUUGCUGUAGAUGAGACUAAAUGAAUUCAUGUUGCCAUGAGAUUGAUAAUCUUACAAUUUCUUAAUGUUGCUUAAAUGGCUACUGUAAAAAAGCUUAUAUGACAUGAUUUGAAUUUUUUCCCAGUGAUUUUAAGUGCAGGGUAGGUGGGACAUGUGUGACUGAAGUUUUAAACGUGCAACAUUAGAAAUUUUGGGUUAGUGCAAUGAUUAUGUAUCAGUGACAUUUACAGUUAGCUAAUUAAUUCUAACACAGUCACAGAUACAGUAUAUGUUUUUGUUUUGUUUGUUUUUACAACUUUGAAUGUGUCUCAGCCAAUCACACCUGAGGACUUCUAAUACCAGUUGUCUAAAGUCUGACAGCUGCAACAGGUGAAGCUAUUUAUGUGUCAAGUUAUUCACGAAAAAACAUUAAAAGGGGUGCACAAUUUGGAUUGUUUUUCAGCCGAUAUGAUAACUGAUAGUUACCUACUUUUCAUUGCCUCAUCAAGAAAUUGUAGUUUAUGCACAUCUGAGGGUAAGCCAGGUUAAGAUGUAGUGAGUAGAGAUUGAUGACAUUCCAUAGUUUUGUGGAUGCAAAUCUGACAUCACUGCUGUUAACACAAAAACAAACAGUUCUGAGUCUUCAAAUGUAAAUUGAUUUUUUCCACUCAAGUACAUGGAAGAACAAACAUUCUUUGGCUUUUAUAGACCAUAAAGCUUAUCGAUCAAACUGAGAAAUCGCAAGGAGCUCGCGAAGAAAAAUGUGUCCUCUGAAUCACGUCCAAUAUGUUGUAAUUUUCUGUAUGUACUUUUCUCUGGUUAUAAAUACUCCAUCUCAUCCAUUCUCCUUUUUCCCUUGCUGCCCACUGUCUUGAAUUUCAUGGAAUCAGAAUCAAGUGACUGCAAACAAGCUAUUAUUAUAAUUGUUAUUGUAAUAAUUCCAAUUAAUUUUUCGGUCUAACUUCUUAUACCUGAUUAUUGCUACAUAGCAAGUUACAAUAGGGCAAUGCAGCUCGUCAUUUCUGUAUCAAUGACAUCAUAGGUAAUAGUGAAAUCUUCUCAUAUAACAAUUUUACACAUUAGGAAGAUGAUGUAGAUUGGUGUUGACACACUGUAUGUGGUGGAUUCAAAUUGCAACAGUUGUCAAGUAAGUAAUGUACAUCUUUAUGCCUUUGUGUGAUUGGUGAUGAGAAGGUAGUAAGUGGCUGUAUAAUCAAUAUCUUUAUUCUUAUGUUGAUCAUAAAUUUGAAUAUGAUGUGAUGUCAAAUAGGAUGUCCAAUGUUUUGGCAGAGAAGUGCCUCACUUGGUGGAUCAAUAGACUUGAUUUGUAUUUAUUUUCUUUUGUGCUCUUAAUAUCUGUCUUUAUUGUGUCAUUGUAUGGGCUAAUUUAAAAGCCGGUUAUAGGCUUAUAGGUUAUAUCUGAGUGAUAUUUAAAUUAUAGAGUUGGGCCUAAAGAUGUAUUGUUAACAUGUAAAUGGACCUAUACUUGUAUGGCGCCUUUCUAGUCUUCCGACCAUUCAAAGCGCUUUUACACUUCGUGCCACAUUCACCCUUUCACACACAUUCACUGAGUGAUGGCAAAGCCCAUCGAACAGAGACGUAACACAUUCAUACACAUUCACACACCGAUGCACAGCAUCGGGAGCAACUUGGGGUUCAGUAUCUUGCUCAAGGAUACUUCAACAUGUGGCAGGAGGAGCCAGGGAUCGAACCUUCCGAUUAAGGGACGACCCGCUCUGCGUCUGCAUCACAGCCGCCCCGUCUGAUGUGAGAAAGUGUCGGGCUGCGGCUAGUGAGUUGUAACUAACCCCUCAUCCUAUGUUACCUUAACUGCGUAAUUGAAAGGGCUGAGCUAUCCUUAAAUGUUCACAAGAAAUUCAAAUUGCAACACAAGAAAGCCUCCGGUCAGCAACAAUAUGCUCAUGUGGAGCCAUAAUAUAAUUUUUAGUUUUUGUGUUUUCAAGGUAAAAAAAAUAUUCCUAUGACUUAGCUUUAUUUGGCGUGCACUUUGAUAUGGAUUAAAUUAAUGCAGAUUAAGUGCUGUGCAUGGCUCCAGCAUUGGAGAGAAAGGGUCCUCUUUCAAACACAGUGUCAUGUGAUAAUAAAUCAGUCCUUCCAGGAUUUUGUUGGCUUUUUGGGGGGAUUGUUGCAGCCAAAAAUGCCUGAUUUCAAGCUUUUCUAAAAAAUUGCGAUGUACAGUAUGUUGUGAUGUGUUUAGGCAUUUUUUGCAUUUAAUUUUUGGGAGAAAGUGAAAAUUGCAACAACUAAUUAAUUAGAAGAUAUCAUAAAAUCAAAUAAUAAAAUCACUAGUAGUUUGGACACAGCUCAGCAUGUUGCACGGUGGACUGCUGCUAUGAUUGCUGAAACUCGCAGGAAACUACACUGGUCAAAUGUGCGGUGAUUGGAAGUCUUGAAUUUGCAUUAAAUUGAUGCAAUUGCAACUUCCUGGAGGAACUAGUAAAAAUAUACAUCUCCUGAUUUAUUUAAUAGUGACCCCCAGCUCAUUAUUGAUGUUUUAGACCUCAACACGGUUCUGUUGUGUGUGAAAAUAUGGGGGUAUACGGGCACCAGAAUGUCAGGGAACAUUUUUAAAUUGCCCAAUUUGUUGUUUGUUUGUUUGUUUACAUUUAAGUUAUGCUUUGUUUUCAGUGGCCUAUACUCAGUAAUCUCUAUUGCAGAAAGCUAGGCUAAACAGGAAAUGUGAUAGGGCCACCUCAAAUACAGAAAUCAUUCUUCUGUUUGAAACAGGAACCAAAGUAAUUCUUACAUCUUCAGAAGACCCUUAGAUUUGGUUUCACUUCUUUUUGUAUAUCGGUAUUUAAUAGCAUAUUUAAAAAGAACUGAAGUAACUGGGCUGGCUGGACUAUGAGCUGGCAAUAUGGGCAUUUGUAAAAAAAAACAACAAAAAAAAUAGUUUAUCUCAAAUUAUAUAUGUGCACAAAAGUUAGAUUUUUUAAUCACACAACACACAACAAUGUUACUGACUGUAUAUUGAACACAAAUAAAUAAUCAUUGCAACUG